CAUGACCUGCGUGUGCAUCGUGUUCAGACGUGUGUGCACCUGUCUAAUUUGAUACGGAGCUACGAACUUGUUGAUGUGGGAUUGAAGAAAGUGAUUGUGUGCCUGUGCCUUCACACCGGGAUUUUUAUCACGAUUUAUUCGUUUUAAUGCUGUUGACUCGAGCGGACCUGUCAAUAAUAAAACAAGGAAGUAGGAGCUUUACCACUUGGUGUCAUUGCACGGGCCAUCUCUACCUGUGACUACAAGUCUUAUAUUAAGCUUUUUAAUGCGUGAUAUUUGCUAUGAACUUAUUAAGUACAAAUGCGGUGUACAGAAUUAAGUUACGUUUAUAAUAAUAAAGUCAUUUGAGUUUUUGUGGACUAUUUGAUCGCAGGAAGACUGACACUCUCAAAGGUGGUUUUGACAGUGUCAGGAUAAAUUAUUCAAGGGCGGCAACUCUCUCAAUGGAUUUAAAUACAAACAUGAAUGAUUCAGUCCCGCUGUCUUCGUACGCGGUGCUGUUGUCAAAUGUAACCAACAUGUCUAACAUGACGGUGAUCAGGUCAAGUAAUGGGACUGAAGUAGUAGGGGAUGACAAGAUCUUCCUCAACACCCCCACUGCUCAAGCCUUGUCGGGGAUUUUCGUUUGGUCGGCGCUCAUCAUCACCUGUCAUCAGAUCUACCUGCACCUGAAGUCUUACACGGUGCCAAAUGAGCAGCGCUAUAUUAUCCGGAUCCUCUUCAUCGUGCCCAUCUUUGCUUUUGACUCCUGGCUCAGCCUGCUGUUCAUCAGUAAUGACCAGUAUUACGUCUAUUUUGAUUCUGUUCGAGAUUGCUAUGAAGCAUUUGUGAUAUACAACUUCCUAAGCCUGUCUUUUGAAUACCUCGGAGGUGAGAGUGCUAUCAUGUUGGAAAUAAGAGGGAAGCCUAUUCAGUCGAGUUGUCUAUAUGGCACGUGCUGCCUGGUAGGAAUAAGCUACUCCAUUGGGUUCUUGAGGUUCUGCAAGCAGGCCACGCUUCAGUUCUGUGUUGUAAAACCCAUCAUGGCUGUCAUCACCAUCCUCCUCCAGGCGUUUGGAAAAUAUCACGAUGGAGAUUUUAAUGUAACGGGAGGUUACCUCUACAUUACCAUCAUCUACAAUUUCUCUGUCAGUUUGGCUCUCUACGCCCUCUUCCUCUUCUACUUUGCCACAAGUGACCUGCUGAGACCUUAUGAGCCUGUGCUCAAGUUUCUUACCAUCAAAUCCGUCAUCUUCCUCUCUUUCUGGCAAGGUAUGGUUCUGGCAAUCUUGGAGCGUUGUGGUGUGAUCCCAGAAGCUCUGGUCAUCGAUGGGCAUGAGGUGGGUGCUGGCACAGUGGCAGCUGGCUGGCAGAACUUCAUAAUUUGCAUCGAGAUGUUCUUUGCCUCCAUCGCUCUCCGCUACGCCUUUACCUCAAGUGUGUACCGCGAGAAGAAGAGUCAAACACCAGAGAACGUAGCACCAAUGCACAGCAUAUCCAGUGGCUUGAAGGAGACCAUUAACCCUGGAGACAUGGUUCAGGACGCAAUCCACAACUUCUCGCCGGCCUAUCAACAGUACACCCAGCAGUCCACCCAGGAAGUAGUGCAACCCAACAUGAAUGGCAAGGCAGGAGUCAGUGCCUCCAAGAGUUCAAAGAAAUCUGACAAAGUGAUGCUGAUCGACACGGAUGAUGAGUUCUAGUGCCCUGAUCUUUCUAUUUAUUUAAUCAAAACAUGAAUGAAUCUGACUUUUUCUAACUCCAGUGAGGACACUAAUCAUGUAAAUCUGUGCAUGAUUCAUAAUAUAAAAAAGAGAGAGAGAGAGAGCUCUUAAAAUGGAUAAUCAGAAUUGAACAGUUUGGAUGAAGGCUGUGCCAGGGAGGAGUUAUUUUCCAACGCUCUCUGCUCAUUGUAGUCCAUGAGCUCAUCCUGUCCUGAUCCGUUGUAGCGGUGGAUGAUCUGGCUCUGUAAUGGAGAUUCCCCUCUGAUUUCGACCUGUUCUAAGGAAUGACUGAUAAACGUGAGGCGGUAAGACAGCAUGAAUCUGGAACUGACACUAGGGAGCCAGUCUUGCAUCUGCCCGUUUUAAAGUAUUUGCUCAGCAGCUCUCUGCUGGGUCUCAUGACAAAUUGAACCAGCUCUCAAAGACGCCCAGGCUUUGGAGCUCGCACUUCAAACUGUUGUCUGCAGUUCUUUGAAACCUUUGUAUCAAUCACGCCACAUGGACAAAGUGGGAGGCUGAGCAGUGCCUCUGCUUGAUUUGGAGGUUCAUUAAUUUUCACACCAUGCCUUCAAAGUGUGUAAGAUCUGAUACAAAAAGAUGAGUCUCCACUAUCAUCGUGUAUUUUAAUUGCAAAAUAAUUCGUAUUCAAUUCGGGACUGAGGACCCUCAUAGUCACAGGGGCCUAUUGAGGGGGCCUUGCAUAAGCUGUGUGGGCCACAUAUUCAAGCUUAUAUUAAAUAUUUUUCAAAGUAGAUGGGCCACAAGACCUUGCAGCCCAGGGCCCUCCCAGGUCCCUGGUAGUCAAGGGCCCCUGCACACUGGCCCCAUUGGUCCGGUCUGUAGUUCACCUAUGCUUAAAAAAUCUGGACUACACAAUUUAACAACCUAUGCAAGAGGUUGAGAUUCCACUUUUAUCCAUUAAGGAGCCAUGUGUGUCUUCUUCAAAGGAACGUUAGGAGCAGGCAUUACAUGCAACUCAUCAGUCUGAGUUUGUCUUGUGCCAGUGGUUGCUGCCUUACAGAUGUGGGAGAAGAAAGUGAUGUAAUAUACAGUAGUCAAGUCACGAAUAGUGUGUGAAUCGGAGUAUAAUAUCCAAACCUAGUCAUGUUAUCAGACAAUGAAUGUUAAAGGGUAACUGAAUACUGAUAUUUUGGCUACCUGCUCAUGGUUUUGUUUACUGAUGAAAUCUGUUCUCAUAAGAAAUAAAUGAUGAAAGGGAA